AUGGCUGGCCUUGUCCACAUCGUUGUUGGUAUGUUGAUAUUAUGCUUCCACAAUGCGAGAAGUGUACCAACCGUCAGCACGGACCAAUCCUCGAUGAAAAGAGAGCAGCGAGUUACAGCGCUGGAAAGAACAAUUCAGGGACUUCAGUCUCAGAAUCAGCAAUUAGUGGAUUGUGUGAUGAACAUAUCGUCAGACUAUUUCGAAACUGUCAACUGCGCAAAGAAGAUAGUCACAGCAGGCCUCUCUUUCGGAAGGACUGUAAUGUUCUACGCCCAGCUGUCCCGCAGGUUAUACAGUGUAGCCGUAGAACAGGGCAUGGUGUUUGACACCGUUGUGACAAAUGUUGGGAAUUGCUACAGUGGCAACACUGGUGUCUUUACCUGCUGCAGGUCUGGCAUGUAUUUCAUCACCUGGACUAUUGACGUCAAAGCAGGGACUUAUAUCAAUACAGAACUGAUGAUGAAUACGUCAUCCAUUGCUUUCAAUCGUGGCGUUGAUGCUAACAAUCUUUCUACCGCAAUUUGA